AUGGCAACCACCGGCCUUGGAGCCUCUCCUGCCACCACCGGCCUGGGCAGCACCUCGGCUGGGAUGGGGGCUGGCACAUACGGCCGGAUCAUCCUGACCGUCAAGAGCGCCCACAACAUGCUGGACAAGGCGUGGCUGGGCAAGAGCGAUCCUUACUGCGUCAUCCGCCUGGCCGAUGCCGAGAUCCAGACCCACCACGUCAAGAAUGCUGGCGAGCACUGCACCUGGGAUGAGUCGUUCUCCUUCAACAACGUCAGUGCCGACGACACCAUCGAGUUUGCUGUGUACGAUCACAACCGCCUGCUCAAGGAUGCGCACAUGGGCGAGGGCAGCAUCUCGCUGCGCCAGGUGUUCGAGGAGGGCAGCCUGGAGACGCGUGUGCCGCUCACCACUCGCACUGGCACCAAGGAUGCCGGCGAGAUCUGGGUGUCGCUGCGCCAGGAGGGCGGCGGCGCUGGUGCAGGCACCACAGGCGCUACUGCCGGCCUGACUGCCCAGGGCGCCACUGGCAUGGGGGCUGGCUACGAGACCACGGCCACCGAGCGCGCCCCCUAUGAGCGCCGCGAGGAGGAGUACGGCACCACCGCUGGCGCCGGCGCCGUGCCCGCUGUGGCGAUGCAGCAGACCACUGUGCCGGUGGCUGCCUCCACUGGCGAGACGCAGGUGGCGCGCCAGGGCGCGGAGGAGGUGUGCGGCAGGGAGUACUUCACCAAGGUGGAGGACCGCCCUGUCAUGAAAGAGAGAGUCACGCGGCUGCGCGAGCACCACCCAGUGGAGAAGGAGUUUGUGGUGGAGACCAGGGCCACAGGCGAAGAGAGGGAAACUGGCGAGCGGGCCCAGGAGCAGAUGGGGGCGCAGGAGAGGGUGGUGGAGGUGGCGCAGCCCGUGGUGGAGCAGCCCACCGCCGAGUACUUCAGCAAGGUGGAGGAUCGCCCUGUGAUGAAAGAGCGAGUGAGUCGUGUGCGCGAACACCACCCGAUUGAGAAGGAGUUUGUGGUGGAGACUCGUGCCACGGGUGAGGAACGCGAGACCGGGGAGCGGGCCCAGGAGAGCAUGGGCGCUACGGAGAGGGUGGUGGAGGUGGCCAAGCCGCGGGCACCCUGCGAGUAA